CACAGCCAAUGGGAGGCGGUGCUGCUGCGUCAGCUGAGGCGGCGGUGAUAUGGUCCCGCCCUUCAGCGGCGUUUCCGCCAUUUCAUUGGGGAAUAGAACUUCCCCUCAGCGGCGCGGCGCAGUCGCUGCCCGGAGUCUAGCCAGGAGCCCAACCUGGUCACCCUCCCCACCCUCCCUUCCAUUAGGCAGCGUGCCCGCCACUCCACCGGCCUGACCGAUACAACCGAGAAAAGAAAUUUAGGGAAGACAAAACUCUCUCGCAAUAAAUCAGCCAGCUAUCAGUCAGGAAUUCCUUCUCGUCGAUUGGCUGUUACGAUGUUUCGCGCCCCUCCCGUGACCGUCGAGUGCUCGCUCACAGGGAACGACAGUCCCGAAGCGAAGCCUCCCUCCCGGGAACCUCCUGGGGACCCCCCAGGAACCAGAAGCAGCGGGAACUGACUCCGCUCUCCUCUCUGUCUGGAUUUAAAGCGGUCUCUGCUGAGUUUGGGCGAUCUCUGGAGGGCCUUUGUGCGUCUCCGGGCUCUGGUGUUCCCGAACCCCAAAGAGCCCAACAUGGCCCCCGCGUUACCCCGGUAACGGUCACUUCCGGCGCCGCCACACACCUCUUUCCGGUCACAUGUUCGUAAGAUGGCGACGUCCACGGCGGGGCCAGCGCGGCCGGUCCCGGUGCUCCGGGUCAUAGCCGAGUGCGGGCGGAGCCGCGCUCGGGCCGGGGAGCUGCGGCUGCCGCACGGGAACGUGCCCUGCCCCGUUUUCAUGCCCGUGGGCACACGCGGCACCGCCAAGGGCUUGACGGCGGCGCAGCUCGCGGCUCUCGGCUGCCGCAUCUGCCUCGGCAACACCUUCCACCUGGGCACGAGGCCGGGUUCGGAGCUGGUCCGACGUUCCGGGGGCCUCCACGGAUUCAUGGAUUGGCCCCACAACCUGCUGACGGACAGCGGGGGGUUCCAGAUGGUUUCCCUGCUGGAGCUGUCGGAGGUGUCAGAGGAGGGGGUCCGGUUCCAACCCCCCCACGGCGGGGAGGAGAUCCUACUCAGUCCAGAGAAAUCCAUGGAAAUCCAGAACGCUCUGGGGGCAGAUAUCGUGAUGCAGUUGGACGACGUCGUGAGCAGCACCACGAAGGGGCCGCGCGUCGAGGAGGCCAUGCACAGAUCAGUGCGCUGGCUCGAUCGCUGCCUGGCUGCUCACGCCCGGCCGGAGCAGCAGCUGCUCUUUGCCAUCGUCCAGGGGGGCCUGGACCUGGAGCUGCGCCUGCGCUGCAUCCAAGCCAUGACCCAGCGGGACGUGCCGGGAUUCGCCAUCGGGGGCCUGAGCGGGGGCGAGGACAAGGCGCAGUUCUGGCGCACGGUGAAGUUCAGUGCCGAGCACCUGCCCCGGGACAAACCCCGCUACCUCAUGGGAGUGGGCUACGCCACCGACCUGGUGGUUUGCGUCGCGCUGGGCUGUGACAUGUUCGACUGCGUCUUCCCCACCCGCACGGCGCGUUUCGGUUCCGCCUUGGUUCCCUGGGGGUCCCUGCAGCUCAAAAAUCACCAAUUUGCCAAAGAUUUCCGGCCCAUCGACGCCGACUGCGGCUGCCCCACGUGCCAGAGGUAUUCCCGGGCGUACCUGCACGCGCUGCUCCGCUCCAACACGGCCGCGCUGCACCUGCUCACCCUGCACAACAUCGCCUACCAGAUGAAGCUGAUGGGCUCCAUCAGGGAGAGCAUCCUGCAGCAGCGCUUCCCGGAGUUUGUGCGGGAGUUCAUGGACACCAUGUCACCCAUGAAGGUCUCUCCGACUUGUCGCCUGCUCCUGCUGCCGGCGGUCGCGCUGCUGGCCCUGCUGGCCCUGCAGUCCCAGCACCCGGCGCUCCCUCCCAGCACCACCACCGUGCCCCCCAGCCCCCCUCCACGCCCCGGCAACACCACGCCGGUCCCGCGGCCGCCGCGGCACCCGCGGCACCCGCUGCAACCGCCGUACCCGUACCCCUACCGCUUCCUGCUCAACCACCCCGACAAGUGCCGGCAGCGGGCUCCGUUCCUGGUGCUGCUGGUGGUCACGUCCCCGGCCGACCUGGCCGCCCGCGACGCCGUGCGCCGCACCUGGGGCAACGAGAGCGCCGUGCCGGGGCUCAGCGUGCUGCGGCUCUUCCUGCUCGGCCUGCACCCCGUGUUCAGCGCCGAGCUGAGCCCCGUGCUGCAGGAGGAGGACAAGCUGCACGGGGAUCUCCUGCAGCAGGAUUUCCUGGACACCUACAACAACCUCACGCUCAAGACUCUGAUGGGGCUGGAAUGGGUGAGCCGAUUCUGCCCCAACGCCACCUACGUGAUAAAGGCCGACCACGACGUCUUCCUCAACCUGGAGUUCCUGGCGAGGUUGCUGCGGCCGGUCAGGACGGAUUUCCUGACGGGUUACGUGUACCGGCACACCGGGCCGCUGCGGCACCGGGCCUACAAGUGGUUUGUGCCACGUGAGGUGUACCCCAACAACACCUACCCGCCCUACUGCGGCGGGCCCGCCUACGUGCUCUCGGGGGACCUGGCGCUGCGCGUCUUCGCCGUGGCGCAGGUGCUGCCCGUCAUCAACAUGGAGGAUGCGUUCGUCGGCAUCUGCCUGCACGCGCUGGGCGUGGAUGUCACAGAUUCCCCACCUGGCACCUUCAACAUGUACCGGCUGGACUACGACAAGUGCCGCUUCUCCAGGCUGGUCAUGGUGCACCACUACUGGCCCCAGGAUCUGCUGCAGGUGUGGCCGCAUUUCCGUAACGAGUCCAUCAAGUGUCCCUAGGGCAGGGACAGGCCGGGGUCUGUCCCCUUUGCACUGACUGCCACCGGGACCUGCCGGUGCCACCGGGAUCUUGGUGUUCCUGGGAUCCACUGACUGAGACUGAGGCGUCGCUGGCUGUGCCUUGUGCUGCCUCUGGAGCAGCUAAAGCUCGAGGUCACCCCGUGUAGACUUUCCCGUCCCUCUGAGCCGCCAGAGCUGGAGCUGCUGCUCCAUCCAUGCCCCGAGUCGUGGUUUGGUUUUUAAGGAUUGGUCAGGGCUGGGAUCCGCCAGGAUCUGGUACUGGUCGCAUUGCGUUAAGUUAUAUUUAAUGUUUUUAAUAAAAGGGCUGGAGCCUC